AUGCUUUGGAUAAGGACGCAGUUCGCAGCAAUUCGAUUCUACUCAAUCGGUGUUGCAAUGAGUGCAGCAAAUGCUCGAUUGUCAGCUACUCAUAAGACAGGAAAACGAAAGAAACCUGCAGAUUCUUUUGGCACCUUAAGUUCAUUUGGAAAAAAAUUGAUACCUGUAAAGUUACGAUCAAAGCAAAUGGGCAGCAUUUCGGAUGAUUACCAGAGUGAGUUCGAAAAUUCGCAAGAUGAAGAAGAAGGUUGGACAUCAAAUUUUUUACGAUCAAAAUUUAAGGAAAACAACAGUGCAUUGCCUGUAAUCACUGAACCUGUGGCAUUUGGACGUAAAAAUCGAUUGAAGCAAGCAAGGAAGGAAAAGGCAGAACAAGAGUAUCAGAAAUUAUAUGGUGUUGAUCGAAGUACUGCAAAAGUUGUGAUUGAUUGCGCCAGGAAGGAUUAUAAUCAUUAUGAAAAUAUGAAAUAUCCUCCUGGUAACAUAGAACUGCAUCCAUCAUUCAGUCGUGAUGAAGCGUUUUCAUGGGAUGAAAAUAUUGGCUUUUUGGAUCCGGUAAUUAUCAGUAAUGUUCGGGAGUGCGGUUUUCGUAUGCCAACAGUCAUACAACGUCGAUCAUUUCGGGCUUUCAAAAGUGCCGCGCAUCUUCUUAUAACUGCAGAGACAGGCUCUGGUAAAACUGUAGCAUAUGCAGCACCUUUACUAUCUAUUUUAAAAAACACUAUGGAUCGACUUGCAAAAUGUAUUGUAUUCGUUCCUACACAUGCUUUACGUCUGCAAACAUCGUUUAUGAUUGAAAAUCUCGCUAAAAAUACUGGUAUUAAAAUUAUUGGAGGCAAUGAAGAUUGCCAGAAAGAGAAUCUGAAUAAUGUUGAAGAUUGGGAUGUACUUGUUACUACUCCGGGACUUUCUCCGAAAUUUUGCUCAACAUCAGCUGUUGAUUAUGUUGUUUUGGAUGAAGCAGAUAUGUUACUUGAUGAUAGCUUCCUAGAUGAUAUGCUCAGUUUACUUCGAGUUAUCAAAAUAAAACACUCUGCUCUUGAUGAGAAUGUUACAGAUGGCGCACGUUUGAUUUUUUCUUCUGCCACUUGUCCGGAUAAAUUGCGUGAAAUUGCCACAAAUAUAGUUAAUGAUCGACAUUUAUAUUGUGUUAAAACUGAAAAUUUGCAUCUCAUUAUGCCUCACGUAAAACAAACUUUUAUCAGAAUUAGGGAAAUGGACAAGUUGGAUAAAUUAAAGGAGAUGAUACAAAAAGGAUUUUCUUUAUCAAGUGGUCAAACGUUAAUCUUCUGUAAGAAUUCUGAAAGCGCCAGUUUUGUAUCAACUUCGCUGAGUAAAUUUGGCAUUGAGAAUGCUUUUUUAACAGGAGGUCAUCAAGUGAUACAUACAAUAGAUAACAUGAGAAGUGGAAAAACGCGAAUCAUUGUAGCAACUGAUGUUGCUAGCAGAGGUUUGGAUCUCCCUCAUCUGAGACACGUUGUUAACUAUGAUUUUCCGCGACAAAUUUCGGAUUAUAUUCAUCGAUGUGGUCGGAUCGGUCGUGUGGGCAGUUUACAUAAAUGUUUGAUAACAUCAUUUGUGCGAAGAGCUUGGGAAGUGAAGCAUGUGAAUACUAUUGAAGUUAGUUUUUUUUUUUGUCGUUGA